AGGUUCCUCCUGACCCGGUUAAAAGAGUUCUGCGGAGAGUUUCUGAAGAAGAAACUCAACCUGUCCAACUGCGUCGCGGUUCACAGCUUAGCUCACAUGUAUUCCUUGAAUCACCUGGCCCUCAAAGCCCAGGAUAUGAUCAGGAGAAACUUCCACAAAGUUAUCCAAGAUGAGGAGUUCUACACUUUGCCCUUUCAUCUGGUCAGAGACUGGCUCUCGGACUCGGAGAUCACCGUGGACUCUGAAGAAGUCCUCUUUGAGACGGUUUUGAAGUGGGUUCAGAAAAAUCCUGAAGACAGAGAGAAGUACUUUGAAGAUCUCUUUAAACUGCUUAGAUUGUCUCAGAUGAAACCCACUUACCUUACUCGCCACGUCAAAUCUGAACGGCUGGUGUCGAGCAACGAAGCCUGUGUUAAAUUAGUGUCUGAAGCCGUGGAGAGUCACGCCUUGCGGGCUGAGAACUUGCAGUCGGGUAACCUACAACAUUCCACUUGUCCUGUGGCGUUGUUGCCACGUCUGGGACAAAACAUGGAUGUGAUUAUGGUGGUCGGUGGGGUGUCGGAGGGGGGUGAUUACCUGAGCGAGUGCGUAGGGUACUUCAUCGAUGAGGACAGGUGGGUAAACUUGCCACACAUCCACAACCACCUCGACGGGCACGCUGUCGCCGUGACGGAGUCUUACAUUUACGUGGCUGGCUCCAUGGAACCAGGGUUUGCUAAGACUGUAGAAAGGUACAAUCCAAACAGAAAUAUCUGGGAGCAGGUCUCAAAUCUAAUCACCAGGAAGCAUUCUUUUGGCCUUACCGAAGUCAAAGGAAACUUGUACAGCAUUGGUGGACACGGCAAUUUUAGUCCUGGCUUUAAAGAUGUGGCCAUUUACAAUCCCGAGCAGGACAAGUGGCUCACCCUGGAGUCGGCACCGAAGAUCCUUCGCGAUGUGAAGGCUGUUUCUGUCGAGGACAGGUUUGUGUACAUCGCUGCCCGCACCCCCGUCGACAGCGACAGCGAGGAUGGGCUGAGGGCAGUUAUCAUCAGGUUCGAUGCGGAGACGAGGCAGUGGCAGGACGUGGAGUCCCUGCCCCUCAUCGAUAACUACUGCUCCUUCCAGAUGUCUGUCGCCAGCACCAACUUCUACCACACGGCCUCGUGCUGCCCCAAGAGCUACCCCAUCAAUAACGAGGAAGCCAAGAUGAAGAUCUCCAGCAGGGCCUCCGAUGAAAUACUUGAGAGCUUGCCCCCGGAGGUGCUCAGCAUUGAAGGAGCAGCCAUCUGCUAUUACAAAGACGACGUGUUCAUCAUCGGGGGCUGGAAGAACAGCGACGACAUCGACAAGCAGUACCGCAAGGAGGCCUAUCGCUACUGCGCCGAGAGGAAGCGCUGGAUGCUGCUGCCCCCCAUGCCUCAGCCACGCUGCAGGGCGACAGCCUGCCACGUGAGGAUCCCCUUCAGAUGCCUGCAAGGAACGCAAAGAUACCCCAUGCCCCAAAAUCUGAUGUGGCAGAAAGAUAGAAUAAGGCAGAUGCAGGAAAGGCAGAUGCAGGAGAUCCACCGGCACUCCCUGAGCUUGCGGAGAAUGCCGCGCUCGCAGAUCGAGUGCUAG